AUUAUGGCCUACCUGAAUUAAUAUAGAGCAAGGUUAUUUUCAACUACAGCAGUUUAGCUCGUUACAGCACUGGUGCAUCAAACCCUGUCAUUCACCGAGCACCCUGUAGAACGCCAUGUCGCUGCCAGCGGAUUUCCAAGCCUUGCACCCUGAAUGUCAAGCCUUCGUGCGAGACCGAAUAAACACGCAAAUGAGGGGAGAUGAUGAUUGGAAUGUCACCAGAAAAGCAAAAUCAGAAGCGACUGCCAAGGCGGCAAAAGAGGCCGCUUACGACUUCAAAGGGACUAGGGGAGAGAUAACUAUUCCGUCACCGCACGUGAAAGAGGGCCUUAGAGCGUGGGUUUACACCCCGGCUAAUGGCCCCAAGAACCCUCCAAUCGUGGUGUACUUCCAUGGCGGAGGCUGGGUCCUCUGCAGCCUGGAGGAUGUGGAUACUUUUGUGAAGAUGCUGACUGACACCGCCAACUGCAUCGUAGUGAGCGUGGAUUAUCGUCUGGCACCAGAACACAAAUUUCCUGCCGCCAUUGACGACUGUGAGACUGCCGCCAAAUGGGUUCUGGGGAACAAGGAAUUUGUGGGUGGCAGCACGCUCAGCAAGGUUGGUGUCGUUGGUGAAAGUGCAGGAGGACAUCUGUCGGCCUGUGUGUCACAUGAUGUCCCAGGACUAGCGUUUCAGGUGCUCAUCUAUCCGGUGACGGAUAUGCGGAUUGACACCCGGGAGUCGUACAAACGCUAUGCGGAGGGCUACGUUCUUACCACCGAGGCUAUGUACUGGUAUGUAAAUCACUUCCUCCACAACGAGGCUGAGAGGUCGGAUCCACGUGCCUCUCCAAUUCUCCGGACUAAGUUCGACCACCUUCCACCGGCUUUUUACGUGGCUGCCACCCACGAUGUCCUGUUUGACGAAGGGAUGGAAUAUGCCCAAAAACUGAAAGAAGCUGGCGUAACGAUUGAAACCCUUAUGUUAGAGGGCAUCACCCACUGUACGAUUAAUUUUCCAAAUUAUUACAAAGAGACAGACGCCAUGACAUGCAGAAAGAUUGCAGAGUUCGUAAAAAAGCAUUCUGAAUAAACGACCUCCGUGUCAGCAUUAACCAUGAGAAGUAAGGCGUGCUCAUAUAGCUGAGUAUUAACUGCAAAUUGGAAUGCACUAGUAAUUAAUUAACAGCGCCAUCUAUCGUUUGGUUAUAGCAGGGUAUUAGUUAUACAUGCAUAUUAUUCAAUAAUCAUAUACCGAUUAGUCCGUAGGGUUUAUAUAUUGCGAUGAUUUUAAUGGUUUUAGGAAAGGAAUGCAUUGGUAAUUUUUGUAUCAAAUUAUACAAAGUUCGAUGUAACACAACUUUGUUUUCAAUUCAGUCUAGGCAAAGUUUAGGUAAAUGCCGUGAGGGAACAAGGCUAAGACAUUCCUAGUUGGACAGGAAAAUAUUUUUUGUUUGUCAGUAACCGUGUUUGUUUGUUUGUUUGUUUUGAAAAACAAUGCAGCUAAUCUUCAUGUGUAGACAAUACACAUAGAGAAAAUAAAUGAGUGAUAUAUCAUCAACUGUUUUAAAAUUACGGUUACUACAUGGGCUGUAGUGACUAACGAAAUGCGAUGAAGUAAUUCAAUAUAAUUUGAUGUUUUGUUUCCAAAAAACAAAGAAUUAUGCGAAAUCAUGACGAUAAAGUGAAUACGUGGCAUUUAUACAUGUAUUAUGUAU